UCGAUUUUUAAUAUUGGUGUUAGCGGUCAGGGUAUUUAAGACAAAGUGACGGUCCUAUUUUUCAUUCGUCACCUUCCGUCUACCAGCAUGAACAAGUGUGCUUUUCUGCUGAUCCUGAUUCUUUCAAAUGCCAUACCGCUACUUGCAUGGUCACCUCCCUGGUCUUCCUGGAAGUUACGAGACUGGCUCAAGAAGGUUACGGGAUGGUCAAUGCGUACUGUAAAGCAACCGAACAAGACAGUUACAGGAAAUACGCACAGACAAAAUUACACUUUUUACAAAGCAGUGUGCGAUAACAGACUCAGUGAAAUCUGCCUGUACCCUUUAUUGUGCCUUUGCCCCAAGUAUGAUGCGUACGGAUACGUCCGCAAAGAUGAAGACCGUUGGUACUACAACAACACAACAAACCAAUGCGAAAAGCGUAUAGCUGUAGCAGGUGGUUGCAACGACUUUGAAACCAUAGAUCAAUGCAAGAGACAUUGUUUCAACGCCAGCGAAAGGUCCAAAGUACUUUCGUCUUCAGAGCAACUUCAAGCUAUAUUCGCUAAGCAAUACUGA